AGAGUGCAAAACUUCAAAAGUAGGAGCGGAAUAUAUGGGUACAGAGAACAUGACUCGCUCAUGCAUCCCAUGUCAGAGAUGGGAUUCUGGUUUCCCACAAGAACAUAUAAACACUGAGUCAAUGAAAGAGCAUGAAAAUUAUUGUCGGAACCCUGACCGAGAGCCUGAAGGACCCUGGUGUUACACAAUGGAUCCAAGGAUUCGAUUUGAGUACUGUGAUGUACCAUUUUGUGGAUCAACCCCGGUGGUGCCAUCUCACAUCAAAUGUCAGAUAACAACAACUUACUACACAACAGCCGCUUACGUCAAUGCAACAUCCGAUUCGGCAGUAUUCCCAACUCCGCUACCGGAAGACAAGAAUGAAUCACAGUCCCGGUGUAAAUGCAGAUGUUCUACAAGUGAGCAGUUGAUUGGCCAAUCAACAAAAUCAAGCAAUCACAAUUAUACGAAUGCAGAACUAAAACAGCAAAUGAAAGAAGAGUUACGGGAAAUUACAGAACAGCUUAGAGUUCAGAAGAAUUUGACGUCUUCUUGGGUUAGAGGGCGACGAUCUGCAGACGAUCGAAGAAUGACAUCUGUCGGGAUGGGUUAUGUUGCCAUUGGUAUCAUAGCAAUGCCUUUUAUUCUUACGGUGGUCAGCGAUUGUUGUAAGCUUAAAUAGAUAAUCGGUCUCUGUCUCCAACGGAUGAAGUGUCUAGAGGUCUGUGACUCGGUAAAUUAAUCAAAUGACUGACAUUGUUGUGGUAUUAUUUAAUAUUUCCGAAGCAUGCAUACUAAAUCAAUUAAAUUGUUUUAUUUUUAAUGCAAUAACAGUAAAAGCUAGGAAAUGGGCUAUUGGUGUAUGAAAGCUGGAAAAAAAAAUGGUUGAUACGGUUUUUUUUUUUUUUAACUAAGAGAAAAAUGUUUGAUUGCUCUUUAUCAAUAUUGUAAAAAUAUACAAAAUCAAAUACUAACAAUUUAUCAAAAUAAAAUAAAAAUGCAUCAUUUUUA